GCGCCGGCGCGACUGGGGGCUGGGUGCCGGCCUUUGUCUAUCUUCGGGCGCGCGCCGCUGGGGUGAUCAGGAACAGCCCAUGGAAAAGUUAUAUGAAGAGGUGGUGAUUAAGGUCAUACAGCAGGAGUGGACAUGUUUGGAUUUCCAACUGCUACCCUGCUGGACUGUCAUGGAAGAUAUGCCCAGAAUGUAGCAUUUUUCAAUGUGAUGACAGAAGCCCACCACAAAUAUGAUCAUUCUGAGGCCACAGGAUCCUCAAGCUGGGAUUUCCAGAAUUCUUUCAGAAGAGAGAAGCUGGAACAGAAAUCCCCAGAUUCUAAGACACUACCUGAAGAUUCAUCUGGAGUGAGACAGAAGGUUUAUGAUUGCCAAGAAUGUGGAAAAUCCUUUAGGCAAAAAGGUAGUCUAACGUUACAUGAAAGAAUCCACACUGGUCAAAAGCCCUUUGAGUGUACCCAUUGUGGAAAAAGCUUCAGGGCCAAAGGAAAUCUUGUUACACAUCAGCGAAUACACACAGGAGAGAAGCCCUACGAGUGCAAGGAGUGUGGGAAAAGCUUUAGUCAACGAGGCAGUCUGGCUGUUCAUGAGAGACUCCACACUGGACAAAAACCCUAUGAGUGUAUUAUAUGUCAAAGAAGCUUCAGAAAUCAAAGUAACCUUGCUGUUCAUAGAAGAGUUCACAGUGGUGAGAAGCCCUACAGAUGUGAUCAGUGUGGAAAAGCCUUCAGUCAGAAAGGAAGUUUAAUUGUUCAUAUCCGAGUCCACACAGGCCUGAAACCCUAUGCCUGUUCACAGUGCAGGAAGAGUUUCCACACUAGAGGGAAUUGUAUUCUGCAUGGCAAAAUCCACACAGGAGAGACACCCUAUCUGUGUGGCCAAUGUGGAAAAAGCUUCACUCAGAGAGGGAGUCUGGCCAUGCACCAGCGAAGCUGCUCACGAAGGCUCACUCUUUGACCACUCUCUUCAAAAGGAAGUUCUCUUUAUGAAUUAAGUGUACAGAAUCCUCUAAGAUCAACCUAUCCAAUUCUAUGGAAUGAAUGGAGAAUCUUUCAGAAAACCUACCAUUGAUAGGGCAAACUGACUUUUCCCUUUACUCCCAAGUCUGGAAAAUAAAUGUCUUGUUUAUUAUCAUUA